UUGUGUAUAUGUAUAUAUGCUUUCUUCCUACUCAACGACCGCCCCCUUCAUCUCUCUCGUCCUUUGACCCUUCCCCGUUGAAUUCGAUGGAUUCUUGCCUGGAUUGUUUGUUGUUUUAAGAGGGUUUUUUUUAUUCAUCCCUGUUGGCGAUUAUUUGGGGGUUUUCAGAUUAACUGUAGUCGGAAUUAUUUUUGUCGCUCUCUUAUCUAGAUUGAAUCGAUUUGUUUUUGUUUUUCUGUUUCUUGUUUCUGUGUAUUUUUCAUGAGGAGGCAUAUCGCCCUUGGUUUUUCUUUUGAGGUGUUAGUAUUAAGAAACAUUUGUUUAUAGUGUAGUGCUUGUUGCUCUUUCAAUUUUUGUGGGUUAUUGGUGAAAAAGGUGGUGCUGAUUGAUAUUUGUAUUGAUUUUGUGUUGGAGUGUGUUUGGAAUUGAGGAUUAUCAAUGGACAAACGAUCAAUUUCAAACUAAUCAAUCACAUGUUUGUGGGGUGGAUAUUUAGUAAGCAAACUAUUAAUGUCAAAGAGAGGUCACCAUAUCCUUGAUGCUGAAUUUCUCCAGUCCUUAAUGUUGCUGCUACGAUGAAUUUGAAAAAAUGAAUGGAAAAACCAAAUUGUUGUGUGGUGUGAGUGGAAGUUGAGGGACACAGAUUACUUCUUUUUGAGAGUUGGCUUUAAGAUCAAUCCAUGUACAUGUGGAUAGAUGACAGUAGAAAAUCUUGUUUUGUUCUCAUUAACAAAUAAUCUUUAUUUUGUUAUCUUGUUAUUGAUAGUUAAGUGACAAGAAUUUACAGCUAUGCUUUGCAUGACUAAAGUAGUUGUUUGUUGCUACUAUUCCUUGCUUUUUACAAAUCAGUUAGUAAAUGAAAAUUAAAUAAAGGCAGUUGUUAUCUUGUCAUUGAUAGUUAAAUGACAAGAAUUUACAGCUAUGCCUUGCAUGACUAAUAUAGUUGUUUGUUGCUACUAUUCCUUGCUUUUUGCAAAUCAGUUAGUAAAAACAAAUUAAAUAAAGACAGUGUAAUUGAAUGAGUCCCAGUUAAGUUUUUACAUACCAAAUUUUUAUAAACGCAUUUUCUAGUAGAGACAAACUAAGAUGUUAUUUUCUUAUAUGGACACAACCCUUGUGUCAAGGAUAACUUUACAGUUAAAAGUAGUUAUGUAUCUAAUUUUCAACAAUGCUUUAAGUGGUGGAAUGAAGCUGGAAAAAGUUAUACCAGACUCAAUUCCUUGAAGUUAGAACCAGAUAGUUUGUGGUAGUUGGUUGGGAAACUGUGAAUACAAAGGGAGAUCAUGAGUUCUGUUCUUAACUGUGGGUGGUGGGACCACUUUAAAAGAUCUAUGUCAGAACUGCAUCUAAGUAAGAGUUUAGACUGUGUGGGGUGCAGCUUGGCUGAAUUCGAUUAAGUAUGGGUUAUGGGUUGUGAUAGGUUCAACACCAAUUACUAGAUCUGAAAAAUAAAUGAAAGUUUAGUAGACACCUCUUUGUAAAUAUUUUAUCUUGUUAAUGUGCGGGUUGUGAUGUAUCAUAUAUGAUAUAAAGGUUUCCUGAAAUGGCAUACAUGGCUUAAAUAUACUAUUCAUCCCAUUUCUUCCCCCCCCCCCAAUAUCAAAUCAAACACCUAUUUUUCAUUUUUUAUAUUAUACUAAAAAUCAAUUUUACAUUCAAAACAUCACAUCAACACAUAUUUAUAUCACAUCAUACAACUAUUCAAAUUCAAAAUUUUUACUAUUCAAAUCCCAAUUCAAAAUCCAAGAAACAAUAAAAGGGGAAGGAUAUUUAAAUCUCUGCUAUUCAUAAUGCAGAUGGAGUUAAUAAUAUAUUUCUAAGUUAUAACAAUUGAAUGUGAAUUGGGAUUGGAGGGCUACACAUCUAAGAAGAACAAAACUUUGAGUCUUUACAGCUCUGGGGUACUUUGUCCUAAAUAUUACGUUUGUGUUUCCAGUAUUCGCUUUUGGUAGAUGCUUCCAACGCCUAUGUUUUUAACAUGUUUUGGGAAAAUUGAUUCACUAUUGUUGUUAUCAUGUAAAACAUGAGUAGUUUGAGAAAGAUGAAUGGAUCCAUUACCAUAUUGAUUUUUAUUAUUAGGAGGAAUGCUAUCAUCAUGGAUUUCAUGGCAUAGCUAAGUUAGAAGUUGGAAUAUAAAAAAAGGCUGAAAGAAAAUAGAUUGCUUCCAUGGAUAUAGAUCUUAGGUUACCUUCUGGAGAACAUGACAAAGAAAUAGAAGAAUCUAAUGGACUAGUCAAUAUGCUAGAUGGUGAAGAGAAACCCCUCACUGUAGAUGCAGUUGGUGUAAGUAUGGUGGCCGUCGAGGAUAAGUUACACCUUGACGAUGGAGAGGAUGACAACUCUCUCCUACAUGAUAUCGAUUUCAAGGAUGUGACAAUUCUUGAGCCACUCCCUGGAAUGGAAUUCGGAUCUCAUGGAGAUGCUUAUGCUUUCUAUCAGGAAUAUGCUAGGUCUGUUGGGUUCAAUACUGCAAUACAGAACAGUCGGCGCUCCAAGACAUCGAGGGAGUUCAUUGAUGCUAAAUUUGCAUGCUCAAGAUAUGGUACAAAACGUGAGUAUGAGAAAUCUCUAAACCGUCCACGGAGUAGGCAAGGAAGCAACCAGGAUGCCGAGAAUGCUACUGGUCGGCGGGCAUGUGCAAAGACAGACUGCAAAGCAAGCAUGCAUGUCAAGAGAAGAUCUGAUGGGAAAUGGAUAAUACAUAGAUUUGAGAAAGAGCAUAACCAUGAGUUGUUACCUGCCCAAGCUGUAAGUGAGCAGACAAGAAGGAUGUAUGCUGCAAUGGCCAGACAGUUUGCCGAAUAUAAAAGUGCUGUUGGUCUUACACACGACUGCAGAGGUCAAUUUGAGAAGGGAAGGAACAUGGCGAUGGAUGUGGGUGAGACUAGCGUUAUGCUAGAUUUUUUUGUCCACAUGCAGAGUCUGAAUUCGAACUUUUUUUAUGCUGUUGAUGUUGGUGAGGAUCAGUGCAUUAAAAAUCUCUUGUGGGUGGACGCCAAAAGCAGGCAUGAUUACCCCAACUUUAGCGAUGUAGUGUCUUUUGAUACCACUUACGUGCGAAACAAGUAUAAAAUGCCUCUUGCUCUUUUUGUUGGGGUCAAUCAACACUGUCAGUUCAUGCUUCUCGGAUGCGCUUUGUUGUCUGAUGACAGUGCGCCUACUUAUUCGUGGGUUAUGCAAACGUGGCUGAAAGCAAUGGGCAGUCAAGCUCCGAAAAUUAUAAUCACUGAUCAUGAUUAUGAUAUGAAGACUGCAAUAGUGGAGGUUUUUCCAUCAGCUCUUCAUUUUUUCAAUCUGUGGCACAUUAUGGGAAAGGUUUCAGAAACAUUGAGUCAUGUGAUCAAACAGAACGAACAAUUUAUGCCUAAAUUUGAGAAAUGUGUCUACCGGUCAUGGACAGAUGAGGAGUUUGAAAAGAGGUGGCAUAAGCUGGUGGACCGCUUUGGACUAAAAGAUAAUGAGCUGUUCCAAAUUUUGUAUGAAGAUCGUUUUAAAUGGGUGCCCACCUUUAUGAAAGAUGGAUUUUUUGCUGGAAUGUCUACAGGUCAACGGUCAGAUAGUGUGAACUCUUUCUUCGACAAGUAUGUGCAUAAGAAGACGACUGUGCAAGAGUUUGUAAAGCAGUAUGAUGUAAUUCUGCAAGAUAGGUAUGAAGAGGAAGCCAAGGCAUCUUCCGAUACUUGGAACAAACAGCCCGCUUUGAAGUCUCCAUCACCAUUUGAGAAGCACAUGGCCGGGCUCUAUACUCAUGCGGUGUUCAGGAAAUUUCAAGUCGAAGUUUUGGGUGCUGUAGCUUGCAUUCCCAAGAAGGAGGAAGAAGUUGAUGCAGUAGUCACCUUUAGAGUUGAAGAUUUCGAAAGGAAUCAAGAAUUCAUGGUCACAUUGAAUGAACUGAAAUCUGAAGUUUCCUGCAUAUGCCGGUUGUUUGAGUUUAAAGGCUUCCUUUGUAGACAUGCUAUGAUUGUUCUUCAAAUUUGGGGCAUCUCUGCAAUCCCGUCCCAAUAUAUUUUGAAACGGUGGACAAAAGAUGCAAAGAGCAGAUAUAUGAUGAUUGAAGGCUCUGAACAGAUGCCAUCAAGGCUUCAAAGAUACAACGAGCUUUGUCAAAGAGCAUUGAAGUUGGGGGAAGAAGGAUCCUUGUCACAGGAUAGUUACAAUCUUGCUGUCCGUGCACUUGAUGAUGCCUUUGAGAAUUGCUUGAAUGCUAACAACUCCAAUAAGAAUCUUCUAGAAGUUGGCCCUUCUGCCUCUCCGGGCAUUCUGUGCAUCGAAGACGACAUUCAGAGUGGAAGUUUGAGCAAGACAAAUAAAAAGAAGAACCCAACCAAGAAAAGAAAGGUGAGCAUGGAACAAGAGGUUAUGACUGUCGGCACGCCAGAGAGCUUGCAACAAAUGGAGAAACUAAGUUCCCGGCCUAUGAAUCUUGAUGGAUUUUUUGCUCCACAACAAGGCGUGCAAGGAAUGGUCCAGUUGAACCUAAUGGCUCCUACUCGCGAUAAUUAUUACGGGAACCAGCAGACUAUACAGGGACUAGGCCAGCUGAACUCUAUUGCGCCGACACAUGAUGGUUAUUACAACACUCAACAAGCCAUGCAGGGAUUGGGACAAAUGGACUUUUUCCGCACUCCAAGUUUCAGCUUUGGUCUUCGGGAUGAUCCAAAUGUGAGAUCAGCGCAGUUGCAUGACGAUGUGCCAAGACAUGCUUGAACUUUAUUGCCGUUAAGGGGAGUGGCUAAGAUCCUUGUUGUCAGACUUGCAUUUGUUGAUACAAAGCACUACUACUGUGAUGUGGCUGGUUAAAAUAUACCGAAGAGACGAGAAGAAAAAUCGUGUGUUUAUUGAUUGUAAAGUCGCUCUUCUUUUAUACAACUUUAUUUGUUUGUUCGCUGGCUGGCUCGCCCGAUACGCUUGCUUUGCUUGUCUUGAUCUUUUUUAUGAUGGUUUUGCUGUUGUAGUUGAUCAUGAUCAGUGUAUUGCUAGUUAAAAAUGUAACUACAGUUCUAGGGAAAUCCUUUGCACCGUUU